GCAAACAUUACAAAAUAAUCUCACAAACAUCACAAAAUCGGCGCUGCCACCAAAACCUCCAUCAUCGGAAAAUCUCUACCGCCGACAACGGAAGACUUUCUCUCUGCCGCCAAUUUGGGGGGAAAUUCUGUUGACGUGUAUUUAUUUGCGUCCCAUAUGCAUACUUUCUUAGUUUGGGGACUAUUUUGUAAGUUUCCCUUGUGUUUGUUCUUUGCCCUAGCUGUUGUCGAUGGGUAUAAGAGGAAGGCCUUAUGGCCGGCUGCUGUAACCUAUUCAUGGGAAGAUUUCUAUUCUUCCAUUGAUAGUGAAACCCAACCUGAGGUCACCCUCGCCGUGGACUAGUCCUGUCAAUUGACGGGGAAACCACGUACAUCUUCGUCUUCGUUAUACUCCGCAAUUAUUCGAUUUUACAUGGUAUCAGAGCACUAAUCGAUCGACUAUCUUCUUCUGACGUUCUCAUAUUUUAUUGUAAUCAUGGGUGAUGAGAAAGACUCUACUAGCGGUACCAAAGACCUUGUCACCGGCGCCGACGUCAUUCCCCUCACUUCGCCAUUGUAUUCUCACCCAUCAGAGAAUCCCGGACAGCUUUUCGGUGGUGACCCUCUGACGGACCUCAAUUAUGGUGAGUGGGUGAGUGAUAUGACAGAGACGUUGAUCGCCAAGAACAAACUCGCGUUUGUUGAUGGCUCGCUGCCGCGCACUGCUGUCGGGACCUCGGCGGUAAGGCUUGAUGCAUGGGAUCGUGGAGAUGCCCUUGUUAAAGGCUGGAUCAAAACCGCAAUGAACAAGGAGGUACGGAACAGCGUCAGGGGGGCCAAGACAGCGAGAGAGAUAUGGCUUGAUCUCAAGCAAAGAUUUGGAACGAGCUCGGCAGGUCGGGCUUACGAAUUGCGUGGACUGAUCAGUUCGCUUCGCCAGGAAAAGCAAUCGGUGAGCGCAUUUUAUACUAAACUUCGCACGUACUGGGACGAACUGCAGGUCGUGAGCAUCAAUCCCAAGUGUAGUUGUAGUGGCUGUUCUUGCAACAUCGCCGAGCAGACGCGUACAAAGCUUGAAACUGAAAGGCUGUUCGACUUUCUUCUUGGUUUGGAUGAAGUCUUUUCCGUUGUACGCACUCACAUACUCAGUCUUCGGCCCACUCCAUCCCUGGUCGAGGCUUACCACAUGGUGGCAGCGGAAGAACAGCAACGCCAGCUCACGGCAGGCCGCCGUCCGACGAUUGACUCGGCCGCAUUCCAAACCAGCGGGGAGAAGGAAUCAGACGACAAACCCCGCUGUAGUCAUUGCCGCAAGCUGGGACAUACAGUGGAGAUGUGCUACAAACUCAUUGGGUACCCUUCAUCCCAAGGUAAGGGCCGCCAAGGAGAUCGAACCCAAGUCACUCGUAAAUCACAAGGUGAUUCGUCCACAAGGGCUGCGCAGGUAAGCGUUGACGACAGUCCUAUUCCUGGCCUCACCGGUGCUCAGUUUGCACAAUUGAAGCAAUUUCUCAGUGCACCAGUUCCCAUCCCGGCCACCUCCGAUCCCACUGCUCAUAUGGCCGGUAACACAACUGAACUUUAUGAUUGGCUUAUUGAUUCUGGGUGUAAUGAACACAUCGUUCGGGAUGCUAGUUGGUUGUCAAAUUUGGAUUGUUCUGGAAAUUACUCUUCUGUUCGUAUCCCGAAUGGCACUAGUAUCCCUGUCAAGGGUAUAGGUACAGCAGUUCUUGGUGAAAAUAUUACUCUUCAGCGUGUGUUACAUGUCCCUGAAUUCAAAUGCAAUCUUCUGUCAGUCAGUCGUCUUACACAGGAUCAUGAUGUGGCCUUACUGUUCUUAGCUGAUAUUUGUGUGAUUCAGGACUCACGUUCCAAGACAGUGAUUGGACUGGGUCGCCUCCGUGAUGGCUUAUACUACCUUCAGCGGGUACCUCUUCCUUCGACGUCCAUAGGUCAUGUUCCUGGUGUUCACGCUGCGGCCGAAGCUAGUCAGGAUUUGCUGUGGCAUCAACGACUUGGUCACCCGUCACUAGAGAAAGUUAAUGCCUUGAGAGAUUUUUUGGGUUGCCGGACAAUUGGGUCAUUUAAAUCUCACUGUGAUUCAUGUUGGCGAGCUAAACAAACUCGCACAGUUUUUCUUUCCAGUUCCAUUACGACACGGGCUUGUUUCGAAUUGAUUCACGUGGAUAUUUGGGGCGGUUAUAAAACCCCUUCUCUAGAUGGUUCUCGGUAUUUCCUGACAGUGGUUGAUGAUUUCAGUAGAGCUACGUGGGUUUAUUUGCUCAAGUAUAAGUCGGAUGUUGAACGUUACCUUCUCUCGUUUUGUCAGAUGGUAGUCACUCAGUUUCAGGGUCAGGUGCGCCGGAUUCAAGCUGACAAUGGUUCGGAAUUUCAGACCAACACACUCUGUGAUUAUUAUGCUGAACACGGGAUAGUUUUGCAGACCUCCUGUGUUCAUACUCCUCAACAGAACGGGGUAGUGGAGCGAAAGCACCGACAUUUACUUGAUACAGCCCGAGCACUCAGAUUUCACGCAGGCCUACCGGUCAAAUUCUGGGGAGAAUGUGUACUGACGGCUACGUUCUUGAUUAAUCGACUGCCGUCAUCUGUUCUGCGUAAUAAAACUCCGUACGAGGUCUUACUUGGGAAAAUCCCCACUUAUUCGCAUCUCCGUACCUUUGGGUGUUUGGUCUACGCCAAAGAUACUCAACCUGGCCUUGACAAGUUUGCUGAACGAGGCCGUCGUGGUGUGUUCGUUGGUUACCCUCAUUCCCAAAAGGGUUACCGUGUCUACGACUUGGAUUUACGACGGGUUUACACGUCCCGUGACGUUCAUUUUGUUGAGAGUGUGUUCCCUUUUAUUCCAAAUGGAACUUCGGCACUUGCUCACCCUCUCUCAACAACAACCUCACGUGGCCAAGACCCUCAAGCUUCUUUUGAGGGGGAGAUUUCUAUUUUUGAUCCAUCCAUGCAUGAGCACAUGGAAGAGGCCGAGGGCCUUGUUGAUUUGGACACCCUUAAUAAUGAAGAGCCAGCUUCUCCUUUGCAUGACAACCAUGCUACUUCUCCUGCCCAUGCAUCGUCGCCCACCACACCUGGAGAGUCCGCCCAUGCAGCUGGUGGCGAGGUACCUUCCCAUGCAGAGGGCGUCGACUCUUCAGCCCCAUCUUCAGCUGUUCGUAGUCCCUCUCCGCCACCUGCUCCCGUGGUCCGCCGAAGUGAUCGCACUCGCAAACUGCCCACUAAACUCAACAUUUAUGAUGUUGAGCUUCCUGGUUCCACCUCUCACUCUUGCACGUAUCCCAUUGCCCACCAAGUAAGCUAUCAUCGGUUUUCCUCUCAUCAUCGAGCUUUCUUGGCCGCCAUCACUCAAAAUGUCGAACCCAAACACUACAAGGCGGCGGUUCGCUUUGCUUGUUGGCGGGAAGCAAUGAUUAAGGAAAUCCUGGCUCUCGAAGCCAAUGGUACGUGGACUCUCGAGGUGUUACCACCGGGUAAGAAGGCCAUUGACUCAAAAUGGAUUUUUAAGAUCAAGUAUAAUCCCGAUGGUUCGGUUGAGCGGUAUAAGGCUCGGUUGGUUGCCAAAGGUUUUACUCAGUUGGAAGGAAUUGAUUUCCACGAGACAUUCGCUCCUGUUGCGAAGCUAGUUACAGUUCGGGUUCUCAUUGCCGUUGCGGUUGCUCGAGGAUGGCCCAUGCAUCAGCUCGAUGUCAAUAACGCUUUUCUCCACGGCGACCUCCAGGAGGAAGUUUACAUGAAGGUUCCUGAGGGGUUCGCGGAGAAAGGUGACACUCGAGUCUGCCGCUUACGCAAGUCUCUUUACGGCCUGCGUCAAGCCUCCCGAAAUUGGUACGCUAAGUUCACCUCAGCAAUGGCUGAACUUGAUUUUACUCCAUCCCACGCCGACCCUUCACUUCUCAUUUAUCGUCGAGAGGACAAGUUUGUGGCAGCCCUGGUUUAUGUUGACGAUGUGGUUCUUACGGGUAACGACCCUCAGUUAAUUGCACAGGUUAAGUCAUUUCUCCAUGAUCGCUUCAGCAUUAAAGAUCUUGGACCCCUAAAAUACUUCUUGGGCAUUGAGGUCGCUCGCUCACCAGAAGGAGUUGUUCUCUCUCAGCGAAAGUAUGCACUCGACAUUCUCACUGAUGCAGGUGUUACUGGCGCCCGUCCCAGCCGAUUCCCCAUGGAGCAGAACCACGACCUCACUCGUCCUCGGCCCACUGAUGAUGCUGCGGUUGAUGCAUCAUCCUAUCGUCGUCUCGUGGGCCGUCUUCUUUACCUCACAGUUACCCGACCAGACAUCACUUAUGCGGUGAACAUCCUCAGCCAGUUUGUCCAUUCUCCUGGACCUGAACAUGUCACUGCAGCUCACAGGGUUCUUCGGUACCUCAAAACGUCUCCUGGGCAGGGUCUCUUCUUUCCCACUGGUGAAUCUCUGCGGCUUAACGCUUAUUGUGAUGCUGAUUGGGGGGGUUGCCAGACUACUCGACGGUCUACCACCGGUUACUACAUACAGCUCGGCUCGGCACCCGUCUCUUGGCGAACUAAGAAACAACGCGUCGUCGCUCGUUCUUCUGCAGAGGCAGAGUAUCGCGCUAUGGCCAGCACUGUCAGCGAGGUCAUCUGGCUCCGCUUCCUCCUCAUUGAGUUGGGCGUUCCUCAACACUCUCCAACCCCCCUGCAUUGUGACAACCAGGCGGCAUUGCAUAUAGCUGCUAACCCAGUUUUCCACGAGCGCACUAAACAUGUUGAAAUGGAUUGUCACUUCGUUCGUGAACGUGUCGUCACAGGCGAGAUUGCACCUUUGAAGGUCAGUUCCUCGUCCCAGUUGGCUGAUAUUCUCACGAAGGCUUUAGGUGGUGACCAGUUUCAUAUCCUUUUGAGCAAGCUUGGCAUUCGUGACCUGCAUGCUCCAGCUUGAGGGGGAGUGUUGACGUGUAUUUAUUUGCGUCCCAUAUGCAUACUUUCUUAGUUUGGGGACUAUUUUGUAAGUUUCCCUUGUGUUUGUUCUUUGCCCUAGCUGUUGUCGAUGGGUAUAAGAGGAAGGCCUUAUGGCCGGCUGCUGUAACCUAUUCAUGGGAAGAUUUCUAUUCUUCCAUUGAUAGUGAAACCCAACCUGAGGUCACCCUCGCCGUGGACUAGUCCUGUCAAUUGACGGGGAAACCACGUACAUCUUCGUCUUCGUUAUACUCCGCAAUUAUUCGAUUUUACAAAUUCCCCAUCGCCAAAGGCCAUACAAAUUAUUCAAAAGCCAAAGUCCAAACAGAAGGGUUCUCUCUCCUGGGAAUGGAAUCUAUCUCGCUUUUUUCCUGGGAAUGGAAAGGAAGCAUGGGCAUUUGCCCAGAAAAUUGAAAAAAUGGCCUUGUCCCCGGAAAAGUACUCGGCGGGACGCCAUUGGCCGGCAAAGGGGGCGGAGACGGAAACCCUUCCUUUUUCAUUUUAUAAUUAAAAGGUAAAAAAAUAAAUAUGUAAUUACUCUAUUGCCAUUCAUUAAAUUGAAUUAAUUAAAAUCAUUGGAUUUUAAUGAGGUUGAGUGGCUGAGAUUCAUUUAGCCAUGUGACUAAGGGACCCCCUCUUAAUCACCUGAUCUUAGCCCCAUUAAUGGUCUGGGUUGCAAGUUUGAUUUCCCCUUGGGCCUUGACAAAAGCGUCUAGUUGGACCUAGUCAAACAUUUGGCAAAGGUCUAAUUUUCACCACCAUCGACAGCCCAAUUAGCCCACCGUGAAUAAUACCACUCGAAAAUGUUUUAUUGGGCCCAGACCACCAACAAAUCCGAAUUCGGCAGUUGCCAUGAACAACACAAAAAUAAUCUAGUUAAAUUUAAGGGUAAUGUCUAUUUAUUAUCCAAACCCUUUUCGGACUCUUUUAUUUUAUCAAACUCUAUUAAAAUACUAAAAAUUAGUCAAACGUUUUGUAACACGUCAAAGCAUCAGUCAUUUUUACGUUAUCGUUAAUAAUUUUGUAACGUUUCCCUUUGUUAACAUACUAAAAUUUUGGAAUGUUGACAUCCAUGUGUCUCUUCCAAGCCAGUAUCAUGUUACCAAGUCAAUAUUACUAACAAAAUUGGAGUAAAUGCCAAGUUUGGUCACUGGGUUUACUAAAAUGUGUCAUUUUUAGUCACUGGAAAAAAUUAAUAUCAAUGUUGGUCACUCAAAUUACCAAAACAGUCCACGUUUGGUCACUCUCUGUUAGUCUCCAUCCAGCUCCGUUAACUGAGUCUGUUAUGUGUUGAUGUGACAAACGGAAUGGAAUAGUCAACGACUUUUACUCUAAAAAAAUGAAAUCUGACCCGCCACAUCAAUUUCUCCAACCCACCUCUCCCAACCCAUAACCAGACCCUUCCCCAACCCGUAAUUACAAUUUUUCAAGAUGGAAGCUAACGAAGCUCUGCACCUCUACAUUUUUCCCCAACGCACCUCCUCCCCCCUAUAUGUUCAUUGUUUCCAUCAAAUCGAGAUGAGUAAGAACCAAAACCAAAUUCGCAAAACCUUCUUUCUUUCUCUUCCAGUUUUCCCAAAACCAAAUCCCCAAAACCUUAUUUCUCCUCUUCCUCCAAGUCGUCGUACGACAACAUCAUUCCCACCACGGUGGCGACCUUCUACCCCGUUGUGGCGGCAGACGACGACAAAGAGGAAUCGUGCGGGAGGGACAGUGAGAGGGUUUAGGCGAUUGGGCGGGUAGAGUGUCUAAGUGUGGCGGUGGAGAAGGACAUCAACGACCCUUAUCUCUACUUCCGGCAGUCAAUGCUGCAAACAGUGGAGGACUCAGGAUUGUCGGAGAGGUGUGACGCCGAUAAAAUAAAAUAAUAAUUAAAUU